UGAGCCCGGCCUCCCUCCCCAACCGCCCCCCACCGCCCCCCAUAUUCGACGGCCCGGCCCCUCGGGAGGCCCAGGGGUGGGAGCGAGAGGGGCCGACCCCCUCCUCCCCCUUCCCGCGCCCCCCAUUCGGCCUGGUCGGCUCUGGAAGACCGUUGCAGUCAAAGCCAUCCUCUCCCUCAGCUCCAAAGUCCAAAGGGGCAGGGCGGGCGCCCCAGGCUCCAUCGAGAUCUCGACCAUGUGGUGGUUCCUCGCCUCGGUCCUGGCCUGCGCCGAUGCCACGGCCAUGUACGGGGAGAUCCUGUCCCCCAGCUACCCCCAGGCAUACCCCAACGAGGCUGAAGAGGUCUGGGACGUCCAGGUGCCCGAGGGCUACGGCAUUCAUCUCUACUUCACCCACUUGGAUAUAGAGCCAUCCCAGGACUGCGAGUACGACUCUGUCAAGAUCCUGGUGAACGGCCUCGUGGAGGGCGUCCUCUGUGGGCGGAGGGGCAGCCAGCCCCCCGGCUCCACCGUCAUCGAGGAGUUCCACGUCCCCUACAACCACCUCCGGCUCGCCUUCCAGUCCGACUUCUCCAACGAGGAGCGCUUCACCGGCUUCGCAGCCUACUACGUGGCCGAGGACGUGAAUGAGUGCACAGAUUUGGCAGAGGCCCCAUGCAGCCAUUUCUGCAACAACUACAUCGGGGGCUUCUUCUGCUCUUGCCCCCCCGAGUACUUCCUCCACUCUGACAUGCGCAACUGCGGAGCGAACUGCAGCGGGGACGUGUUUACGGCUCUGAGAGGGGAGAUCAGCAGCCCGAACUAUCCGAGCCCGUACCCCGAGAACUCCCGCUGCGAAUACCGGGUCGCGCUGGAGAAGGGCUUCCAGGUGGUGGUGACCGUCAAGAAGGACGACUUCGAGGUGGAACCGGCCGACUCGGAAGGGAACUGUCCCGACAGCUUGAUUUUUUUGACCGGAAACGAGCAGUUCGGUCCCUUCUGUGGCAGCGGAUUUCCCGGCCCGUCGAAGAUCGAAACCCAGAGCCGGGAGCUCAGCAUCAUCUUCCAGACCGACCAAACGACCCAGCUGAAGGGCUGGAAGAUCCGGUACUAUGGAGACCCCAUAUCCUGCCCGAAGAGAUUUCCCACCAAUUCUGUCCAGGAGCCUCUGCGGAACAAGUACGCCUUCAAGGACGAGGUGAAGGUCACGUGUACGGAAGGAUUCGAGGUGGUGAAGGGGAAAACCAGCAUGACCUCGUUCUACGCUUCCUGUCAAAGCAAUGGGCAGUGGUCCAACUCCGACCUGCGAUGUCUCCCGGUGGACUGCGGCCCCCCCGUCGCCAUUCCCCACGGCAAGUCUGACCAUCCCAGGGACACCUCGUUUAGGGCUGUUACUCACUACUCUUGUGACGAGCCGUCUUACUACAUGAAAAAUGAGGGGAAAGGAGCCUAUCGCUGCGCAGCCAACGGGAGCUGGGUGAACGAUGUCCUCGGGGUCGAGCUGCCGGAGUGUGCCCCAGUGUGCGGCGAGCCCAGGGUGCCCAUCGAGGACGUGGAGCGGGUGUUCGGAGGGACCGAGGCCAAGAUCGGCAACUUCCCCUGGCAGAUCUUCUUCCAGCAGCCGCGGGCGGGGGGCGCUCUGGUGGCCGAGCGCUGGGUGCUCACGGCCGCCCACGUGGUGGAGGACACGGCCAGCCCCACCAUGUACGCCGGGGCCAUCUUGGUCGGCCACGCCGGGCUGCAGCGGGCCCAGGCCCUGGUGGCCGACGCCGUGUUCGUCCACCCGGGCUGGAAAAGGGUGUCGGACCCGACCCGGAGGACCGACUACGACAACGACAUCGCCCUGGUGAGGCUGAAGAACCCGGUGGAGAUGGGCCCCAACGUGGCUCCCGUCUGCCUGCCGGGUCCCGACUUCCACUUGUCCGACGGGACCCUGGGCUACGUCUCCGGGUGGGGCAAGAAGGAGGACCGCGACCACGUGUUCAAGCUGAGGAAGGCCAAGCUGCCCGUCGUGCCCAUGGACAGGUGCCGGCGGGUGAAGAGCAAGAAGGCGGACACGACGGCCUUCCGCUUCACGGAGAACAUGAUCUGCGCCGGGGAGAGGGGCGCCGACAGCUGCGACGGGGACAGCGGGGGAGCCUUCGUCGUGGACCUCGGGGAGGAGCGGCCCAAGUACUUCGCGGCCGGGCUGGUGUCCUGGGGGCCCGAGUGCGGGACCCACGGGCUCUACACGCGGGUGGCCAACUACCUCUCCUGGAUCGAGGAGACCAUGCGGGAGAACGACCAGCCUCCGUCCGAGGACUAGCUCCCCCGCCCCGGCCCCCCGCCCUCUCUUCCCGGGAGCCGACCGCGGGUCCGCUCCCGGACUCACCCCCGCCUCCCGGCACCCCCGUCCUCCCCCGCUACCCGCCAGACCGCUACCUUCCGGCCCUCCCGGAGCCCGCCGGCUCCCGGGGGACCGGGCGUAGCCGGGGCCGCCCUAAGUCCGCUAGGUCGGAGGGUCCCCUCCCUCCGUGUCCCGCUCCCCCUUGACUCCCGCCCCAGAGAGAAGGUCAGGAGGGAGGCGCCUUCCUCCUUCCCCCUUCCACUCCUCAACGGGAAGCCCCCCGCGUCCACCCGCCAGGCGUCAAGCGGGACCGCCUGCUAUAGGAGCUUGGAGGAUCGGUUGGUCCCCGGCCCACUGGCACCAGGGCGCGAAGGAUGGGUCGGUCCCGGGCACUGGAGCCGGAGGAGCAGUCGGGCCCUGGCACCGGAGCCCGGAGAACCCGUGGACCAUCGGCACCGGAGCGCGGAGGAUCAGUCGGUCCCUGGCGCCGGAGCACGGAGGAGCGGGGGACCGCUGGCAUGACGGCGUGGGGCAAGAUCGGACGCCAGGCGCCGGGGCGUGGAGGAGCCCUGGCACUGGAGCACGGAGGAGCAGUGGGGCCUGUGAAGGGGACUGUGGCCUCCCACUUGAUGUGAGGGGGAAGAAGGCAAGGACCCCCCCUCCCACCCUCUCCCCCCUUCAUUCCCUUGGGUCUCUGCACCGCCUCGUUCCCCAUCUCCAAGCCCAAUUCCGUCCCAAUAAAGCAUGAUCGCAGACCCC